CACCGCCAGCCACCACACGGUAGAUAAGAAAAAUCAAAUUCCACGGCAGAUUUUAAAAAAGAUUAAAAAACAACAUAUAAGCUCUUUUCUUUUAUCAGAUCUCAUUUCCCCCUCCUCUCCCUUCUCAAAGAGAGAGUUUCCUUCUCCAACCCCGUCAAAAUGGAAUCUGGAUCCAGAUCUAUGAACCGAUUAACUGCCACCAUCAUUUGGCCGAUUCUCUUCCUCUUCAUGAUCCAUGCCGCUCACUGCUUCUACCUCCCCGGUGUUUCCCCCGAGGACUUCCAGAAGGGAGAUCCUUUGAAGGUGAAAGUGAACAAAUUGACAUCUAUAAAGACUCAACUUCCUUACUCGUACUAUUCGCUUCCUUUUUGUCCACCUAAAAAGAUUGUUGACAGUGCGGAGAAUCUUGGGGAAGUGCUUCGUGGUGACCGAAUUGAAAACUCUCCUUAUGUGUUUAAAAUGCGAGAGCCACAUAUGUGUACUGUUCUUUGCCGCAUUACACUUGAUGCCAAAACUGCAAAGCAAUUUAAGGAGAAGAUUGAUGAUGAAUAUCGAGUCAAUAUGAUACUGGAUAACCUUCCCCUUGUUGUCCCCGUUAGAAGAUUAGAUCAGGAUUCUUCUACUGUUUAUCAGCUUGGCUACCAUGUUGGGCUCAAAGGCCAAUAUAGUGGGAGCAAGGAAGAGAAAUAUUUCAUUCACAACCAUUUAGCAUUUACUGUCAAAUAUCAUAGGGAUCCGCAAACUGACUCUGCUAGAAUUGUGGGUUUUGAGGUUAAACCAUACAGUAUUAAACAUGAAUAUGAGGGGAAAUGGAAUGAAAAAAGUCGUUUAACAACAUGCGACCCCCAUAAUAAACGCACAGUUGUUAAUUCUAACACUCCUCAAGAAGUUGAAGCAAAAAAGGAGAUAAUAUUCACCUAUGAUGUUGAAUACCAGGAGAGUGAUGUGAAGUGGGCAUCUAGGUGGGAUGCAUAUCUUUUAAUGAAUGAUGACCAAAUACACUGGUUCUCAAUUGUCAAUUCUUUGAUGAUUGUUCUCUUCCUUUCGGGAAUGGUAGCAAUGAUCAUGCUAAGGACACUAUACCGUGACAUUUCUAGGUAUAACGAACUUGAGACUCAGGAAGAAGCCCAAGAAGAGACAGGAUGGAAGCUUGUCCAUGGGGAUGUUUUCAGGCCUCCAUCUAAUUCUGAUCUACUCUGUGUCUAUGUUGGCACCGGUGUUCUUUUGGGCAUGGUACUUGUUACCAUGAUCUUUGCUGUUUUUGGAUUUCUUUCCCCUUCAAACCGAGGUGGUCUGAUGACAGCUAUGCUUUUACUUUGGGUCUUCAUGGGCAUUUUUGCUGGCUAUGCUUCUGCCCGUCUGUACAAAAUGUUUAAAGGAGCAGAAUGGAAGAAAUUAGCUUUUAGGACUGCGUGCAUGUUCCCAGGCAUUGUCUUUGCCAUCUUCUUUGUCUUAAAUGCAAUUAUAUGGGGCCAGAAGUCUUCUGGGGCCGUGCCAUUUGGAACAAUGUUUGCUCUGGUCCUCAUGUGGUUUGGAAUUUCAGUUCCACUUGUUUUUGUGGGUGGUUACGUUGGGUUCAAGAAGCCAGCAAUUGAGGAUCCUGUGAAGACGAACAAAAUCCCAAGGCAAAUUCCAGAGCAAGCUUGGUAUAUGAACCCGACUUUUUCUAUUCUGAUCGGAGGAAUACUUCCAUUCGGAGCUGUUUUCAUCGAGCUGUUCUUCAUUCUCACCUCAAUCUGGCUGAACCAGUUCUACUACAUCUUUGGUUUCCUGUUCUUGGUAUUCAUUAUCCUCCUUAUCACUUGUGCUGAAAUAACCAUUGUGCUUUGCUACUUCCAAUUAUGCAGUGAAGAUUAUCUGUGGUGGUGGAGAUCAUAUCUCACAUCCGGCUCCUCGGCUUUGUACCUCUUCCUCUACGCUACAUUCUAUUUCUUCACAAAGCUUGAGAUCACUAAGCUGGUUUCGGGGCUCCUAUACUUUGGGUACAUGCUAAUCGCUUCAUAUGCAUUUUUUGUGCUAACGGGCACCAUCGGAUUUUAUGCGUGCUUUUGGUUCACAAGACUUAUCUACUCAUCUGUCAAGAUUGAUUAGUGUGUAAAACCGGGAUCUGCUUGGUGUUCUUUUGUCAUAUUCAUGGACCAAUGUCUUAGGUUAAGAUAUACUCAUUGCUUUAAGAUGUAUACUUAAAUUCUCAUUUUUGAACCGAGUUGUUAUUUUUAUAGCUGAUUGAGAAAAAUACUUAAUUCUGAUUUUUGUUGA